UGCACUCGUAGCCCCGCCCCUCUGCUUGAUGGACGUGUGUCCUUGAGCUCCCUGGAGAAAUUAAUCGCGCGUGUUGCUCAGCAAAGUGUUCGCUAUGGAUGAUGCGUCCAAACGCGCGACUAAAACGACACCGAUCCGCGCGGACGCGAUAAAGUUGUCGUGCUGCUGAGCUCGGGGCGGCUGCUGUGAUUACCGGAGCGAGCGACAGGUUGCUCGGCGGCUCGCUGUCCCGCGGGAGAACGGGGCCAUUGCUGCGGCGGCGGCGGCGUGGGAAAAGUUUCACUUACGUGACGCGCAGGAGAAAGGCGUUUGUGUCGCGUCGCGUCCGGAAUACUCAGCGUCCAUGCAGAGACGGAGCAACGCGGAGCGUCUGUGAAUGGAGUCCCGGAGCUCGGAGGUCUGAUCAUGGAGCAGCGCAACGGGACGCGGAGCUCCAGUCAGCCGCAGCUGCGCAUCAACGUGCCGAGCACCGCCAGAGAGAGAGCGGCCAGCGUGGAUCCGUACGGGUUCGAGCGCUCGAAUGAUUUCGACUACGAGUCCUAUGAGGAGCUGAUGUCCGAGUAUCUGGCCGUCCUCACCAGACGCUCCAUCAAAUGGUCCAAACUGCUGAAGGGGAAGCGUCAUGUGGACAGGAACCUGAAGGUGAAGCGGUACAUACGGAAGGGCGUCCCGAACGAGCACCGUCCGCUGGUGUGGAUGACGGCGAGCGGAGCGCAGGAGCGUCUGGAGAGGAACCCCGGAUACUAUCAGUCCCUGCUGGACGCCCAACACGACCCCAAACUAGUGGAGACCAUCCGCACCGAUCUGCACAGAACUUUCCCAGAUAACAUUCACUUCCGUAAGUCGGCGGAUCCGUGUCUGCAGAAGGCGCUGUUUAACGUGCUGCUGGCGUACGGAGAGCACAAUAAAACCGUGGGCUACUGUCAGGGGAUGAACUUCAUCGCGGGAUAUCUGCUGAUCAUCAGUAAAGACGAGGAGACGUCAUUCUGGCUGAUGGAGGCGCUGCUGGACAGAAUCCUGCCAGAUUACUACACUCCGGCCAUGCUGGGUCUGAAGGCGGAUCAGGAGGUUCUGGGUGAGCUGGUGCGGAUGAAGGUUCCCGCGGUGUGGCGGCUCAUGCAGGAUCACGGCGUCAUGUGGACUCUGGUGGUCUCGCGCUGGUUCAUCUGCCUCUUCAUCGACAUCCUGCCAGUGGAGACGGUUCUGCGGAUCUGGGACUGUCUGUUCUACGAGGGCUCGAAGAUCCUGUUCCGUGUGGCUCUGACGCUGAUUCACCACCAUCAGGACGAGAUCGUGCAGGCGCAGAAUCUGCCGGACAUCUGCGAGCGCUUCAAACGCAUCACCAGAGGAGCCUUCGUGGAGGACUGCCACGCUUUCAUGCAGAGGAUCUUCCAGGAGCCCGGGAGUCUCUCCAUGUCCACGGUCGCUAAACUGCGCGAGAGCUGCCGCGCGCGGAUCGCGGCCGGCGAAUCCUGAUGCUCAAACAUUCCCUCUGACAGUUUGCACUCGACCGAGUCUGUGGCUCACGCAGACGUGACGUUCGCUCAGUAGUGUGCACUCACAGACUCCUUCAUGAAGAUGUAUUUUCUUACGUUUGUAGAGAUGUGUGUAGAAUCACAGAUGCUGGACUCAAAGUCUUUAAUACUCUCUCUUCUUAGUUUAAGACCAAUAAUACUGUGAAAUAAAACUCUGUCUUACAGACUGAA